AUGGCAUCUCCCACAUAUCCCUCAGGCUCCGAGCACGAUCUGGCCAUAGAAGAUUAUUUAUUGGGUCAGAGACGACAGCGGAGAAAUCGCACUACUUUCACACCUCAGCAGCUUGCCGCGCUAGAGGAGCUUUUCUCACGAACCCACUAUCCGGAUAUCUUUGCGCGGGAGGAACUAGCUGUUCGUAUCAGUUUGUCAGAGGCACGAAUUCAGGUGUGGUUUCAGAACAGAAGAGCCAAAUGGAGAAAGGCAGUGCGCAUGAGUGUUGGAACUGGCCGUUCCCCUUGGAUUGGCUCCGGUACAGCCUUUGGAGGCAUCGGUCAUGCGGGACAUCCAGAACGUCCGCUUGGUAUUCCUGCUGACUUGCUCCCGAUCUAUGCCAGCCGAUUACGCGCCAUGCAGGCUUUCCAUGAAAGAUGGCGUUUCAGUCCAAGCAUACCUACACAAACACAGCGCCAUCCGCCAAUGUGUUCUCCCCUCUGUUCCUGUGCCUUUGACAUCGCCUUAAACGCUCACCACAUGACUCUCUCGCGGGCCUCACCCCAGCGGAUGGUCACCACAGAGAUGCUUAAGGAUCAGUGUCUGCCGGGCCGGGACUUCCGAUCUGAGGAUAAAGAGAAAGCAGCCCACAGGGAGGGAGAUCUCGUGAAAACAACCUCCGAGUUAAAAAAACUGUGUUCACCAGUUGACAAAGCGUAG